AUGGCCAUGUACACUGAGCGGUCGCCCCAGAAGGUUAUGUUGAAUUCCCAACGACUAUCUGCGAUGAUUGAUUCAUUAAAUGACUAUAAAGAUGAUGAUGAGCAUAUCCUAAAAUCGUUUAAAUCAACCAGUCCAUAUAAAGAGAUACGUGAGAUUGAGCAACUCGGAACUCCAAAAGCAUGGGAAGCCACAGGGAAAAUGAUGUCGCCCGGCGGCGGCCAAUCAUCCACAACUUCCUUCGACAACAGACACAGCAUGAUAUCGAACUAUUCUGGGGUUGUGCAUGAAGGUGUUGAAGUUUCAUACAUUGUUCAAAAUCAAGGCACAACUCCACCGAGUUUACCAGCAUUGCCUUCCCAGAAGGCACUCGACGAACAGGAAGAAGUGGUGGUUCGGACAAUACCUAAUGCCAAAGCCGUGAGUCGUCUAGACUCAACCGCCUCUACCGAAUCCGCAACCUCAAACUAUUCAGAGAAAACUAAGACGGUAAAAAGUAGUGGAGAUCAAUCUUUGAGACUCUUGCCAGUAAAUAGACGUCAAAUGGCUGCAUCAUCCAUCGGAUCCGGAAAUCUAGCAAGCGAAAGUGGCUCCUCAUACUAUCAGCAUAUCAAAGAUGAAGAGAAGGAUCAAGUGUUGCAAAAGAUAAACUCUGAAGACCUGACAGGAGAUAGUGCAGAAAUACAUAAUAAGAAUGCUACUACUGGGACGGAUAGCAGUGAUAACUAUUCGAUUGCAACUAGUAUUAUCCCGCCUCUCUCAACCAGUGUUCAAGGUAAAGACGAAGGCAGCCUUCCAGUACGCUCGGAGACAAAUUCAUUCAACCCAACGAUUCCUCCCAGAAAUAAAAACAGGCCGAAUUCAAGGCUCUUCAUUCGCGACACACUAGAUGAUAUUGAAAGUCAGCUAAUGGAACAGAUGAAAGAUCCCAUUGCAAUGACGAAGAACUCAGCUGAAAUAACAAGAACGAGUUCUACUACCAAUAAAUCAGACACAUACUUCUCCGCUGCAAGUUUUCAGGAACACGAUGAUCAAGACAUUCAUGAGGACAUGGAAAAUUCGGUACACGUGGAUCCUAAAAAUACAAGUUGUGAAGAUCAAACGUACUUGCAAAGACCGCUGCCUACAGUUCCUGGCGAAUCGGGAUUGGACAGGGAUUCGACUAUUCGUGCAAAAUCUUCGAGUUCUAGAAAAACAACAAAGGAUGAAACAAAGUCAAAUGCUUCUGACUAUGAGGACCAGUUUGAAGAUAUUGAAGAUCCUGACCGAGUAAACAUUGAUCAGCAUUCAAAGAAUCCUCGAGGCCCUUCAAAGAAAAUAAGCAGAAAGGGACAGUCUACGAAAAAGAAAGAUUAUAAAAAGAGACAGGAGAUAAGGUCAUUUGACGUUGAUACACUAUCUCAAUUAUUAAAUGUUACCAAGGGAACACUUAUUGGUGCUGAAUUCGCGAAUCUAGGAAUAAAAGUAGAAGAAAAGCGGGCUUUAGAAAGGCUGGUUGACUCACUAUCAAGACUUACAGCUGACAUGGUUUUGGAUCCCGAACGCUAUCAAGAGGGUCUGAAGAGGCUAGACAAGGCAACUCGCGCACUAGAAGGCUUUUAA